AAAAUGGUACACAUGAAUGUCUUGGCAGAUGCUCUCAAAAGCAUUAACACUCCUGAAAGAGGAGGUAAAUGCCAGGUUCUUAUUACGCCAUGCUCCAAAGUCAUUAACCAGUUUCUAACUGUGAUGAUAAAGCAUGGUUACAUUGGUGAAUUUGAGAUCAUUGAUAAUCACAGAGCUGGGAAAAUUGUUGUGAACCUCACAAGCAGGUUAAACAAGUGUGGAGUGGUCACCUUCAGAUUUGAUGUACAACUCACAGAUCUGCAAAAAUGGCAGAAUAAUCUGCUCCUGUCCCACCAGUUUGGUUUCAUUGUACUGACAACCUCAGGUGGUAUCAUGGACCAUGAAGAAGCCAGACAAAAACACACAGAAGGGAAAAUCCUGGGAUUCCUUUUCUAG